UCCCAAGCCUUCAUUUGAUACAGCUCCAAUCUUUACUCCUCCUGUUACUCAUCCUGCACCAAGACAACCUCAACCUGGUUAUGGAAUGCCAAUCAAUUCCUCAACAAGACUUGACGAGGCAAUGGCAGCAGAGGUGGGGAACUUAAGCUUGUCAAGCAUAAAUUCUAUGAGGGAUAUUGCUGAUCUGUUGGCUGAUAUGCUACAAGCUGUGACCCCAGGCGAUCGUUUGGCUGUAAAAGACGAAGUUAUAGUUGAUCUUGUUGACCGGUGUCGCUCUAACCAGAAGAAGUUGAUGCAAAUGUUAACAACGACGGGGGAUGAAGAACUUCUGGCCCAGGGUCUUGAGUUGAAUGAUAACCUCCAAACUGUACUGGCUAAACAUGAUGCAAUAGCUUCUGGUUCUCCACUCCCAACUUAAUUCCCUAACGAUAACAUCUCAGCAAGAGAAAUGAAUGAUCCAAGCCUCAAACCUGCUGAAGUUAAAUCACCUAGUCCAACAGCAGAUGCCAAACCUUCUGCACCAGUUCUUCCAGCAACCGCAGGUCAAAUUGAUGAAGAGGAAGAUGAGGAAGAUGACUUUGCCCAAUUAGCUCGAAGACAUUCAAAGACAAGUCCAGCAGCCCUAACACGUGAAGGAAUGGUCCCUGCCAAUACUAGCAAUUUUACUGCAGAACCAAUGGAUCCUGUCACAAACAAUGCAUUAAUUCUUCAUGAUCCACCUGCAACUUCUACACCCACGAAAGAACUAGACAUAAUUGACCUCUUGAGCCUCACCUUGUCACCAAGUGUAUAUCCCGAAACACCACAAAAUUCUGCUUCAGCCACUCAAAACACACAUCAGGAACCGCUUGCCUCAACCACUCAAGGGAAUCCAUAUGCAUCUCAAACUUAUCUCGGGUAUCAAGAUCAGAGCUUUAACAGUUAUGUAGCUCCUUGGGCUCAUCCCCAACCCCAGCAGUUUCAUCCUCAAUAUCAACACCAAGGCCAACCUCAAUUUCAACACCCAACCCAAGUCCAGUUUCAGCCCCAACCUCAAUCACAAAUUCAUCAUCAAUCCCGGCCCCAACCAUCCAAUCAGCCUCAACCACAGCAACCCCAAGAAUCUCCGUUACAAUCUCAGCAUACAUCACAACAGCUUCCACAGUCUCCUUUGCAAUCUGAACUGAACGAACAACCUAGAACUCAGCUAGAACUUCAUCCUCAGUCUCAACAGUUGCCACCACAUGCUCAGACUCAAUUCCUGCAGUACUCUGCUUAUCCACCUCCUCCGUGGGCAGCAACUCCCGGAUAUCUUAGCAAUCCAAGCCCUUCAGCUAGACCAACCUUCAUGUACUCAACUCCACAAGCAACCACAAAUGCAUCUGUGCCUUUGCAAGGCCCUAGAUCCAUACAGAAUUUUAACUCGUUUCCUACUAUGGGAAGCAAUGGUGUAGCUAUUAAUGGUGACACUCGAGUUCCUCUCCACCCCAAGACGACAACUCCUGCUUCUGGACAAAAAACCUUCAUUCCAUCUUAUAGGUUGUUUGAAGAUCUUAAUGUUUUUGGCAACGGGGAUCAAAGACACAACUCAUCUUCUGGUUUAUCAGGAACUAACAGCCCAAGUAUGGUUGGCGGACGAAAAUGAGCAAGUAUUUGUGGCACCUCUUCUAUACCAUGCUGUCAAUAUGAUGUACAUGAUUGGACCUUCCCCCUCCCUCUCGACCCUCACUUUAUUUGUUUUUUUGGAGUUCGCUGGCAGAAUAGUGUAAUAAGAUUGAUUUAGUUAUGGCCGUUGGCUUAUUACAUCACCCGUGUUUAUGUCAUGCCACAUUUAAAUAAUCUCUUAAAGAGUGAUGAGGUUUGAAAUC